UAUUUAUAAUCCCACCACUCUCUCACCAUUGUCUUUUCCCUACGCUGAAAACCCUACUUCGCAAAAGUCAAGCCGGAACCAACCAUGACCUUCAAGCGCAGGAACGGUGGCAGGAACAAGCACAACAGGGGCCAUGUCAAUUUUAUCCGGUGCUCCAACUGUGGCAAGUGCUGCCCUAAGGACAAGGCUGUUAAGAGGUUUAUCGUGAGGAACAUUGUCGAGCAGGCGGCUAUUAGGGAUGUUCAGGAAGCCAGCGUCUAUGAUGGCUACACUCUGCCCAAGCUGUAUGCCAAGAUGCAAUACUGUAUAUCCUGUGCAAUCCACUCUCACGUUGUGAGGGUCAGAUCCCGCACCAACCGCAGGGUUCGUACCCCACCGCAGCGCUUCGCCAGACGCAGGGAGGACAUGCCGAAGCCAGGGCAACCAGGACAGGCGCCGCGUGUCCCCGGCGCUGGAGCUGCUCCUCGUACCUGAAGUUCUCAAAAUCCUUCCCCCAAUCCACAGUCUCUUUUCCAUUCUGUCUGAAACCUCAGGAUGCUUUUAUAAUUCGAGAAUUUUUGCUAUCCGGAACUUGAAUGCUUUGAGAUUUUUUAUUAGUUGAUUUUGAGACAGAUUUUUCCUUGGGUAUAUAUGAGUCAUCGUGUUUUAUUCA